AUGGGCAGGAGAUAUUAUUGCGACUUUUGUGACAAAUCAUUCGCAGAUAAUCCUACACAUCGUAAAAACCAUCUGAAAGGGGUUCAACAUCAAAGAAAUAAAAAAGCCCACUAUGAUUCUUUCAGAAACCCAGAAAUUAUGCUUCAAGAUGAACUUUCCAAGAGACCCUGCAAAAACUUCCUUAGCAGUGGGAUCUGUAAUUUUAUGGACAACUGUAAAUUUUCACAUCUGACAGAUAGAAGGAGGACAGAGCUAGAAAAACUGGUCGAAGAAAAGCAACGGGCCAAAGAACAGAAGAAGAGGAAUUUAGAAGAUGAUGAAGAUCCUGAAAAAAAGCUCUCAGAGUGGUUAUCUAAGAGAUUAAAGAAAGAGGUUAAAGUAAAUGAUCAGGAUGAAAAGGCUCCUCUUUUACCAGUGUAUGAAAUCCCUCCACAUGUGGCUCAAAUACCAAACCCUCCACUAUCCAUCCUGCCCCCUUCACAAGAUGUUCUUAGAGGACUGAAUUUUGUGGACUGGGGUUGAUGUGAUAUUGGACACCUGUAAUAUGAACAGUAUAUACCUACAAUGAAUUUGGGAGAGUUUCUUGAGACCAGUUACAAUGGUUUUCUCUGUCGCUUUAACCUUUUCCAAACAUAUGUUACAUAAUUAAAUAUGUUAUAAAAGAUUGUAUCAUAUACAUGUGUAUGUCAUUGUAUGCGUAAUUGAUGGAAAAGCUAUUAUGAUAGAUCAAGAAAUCUAUGCAGGUUACUUGCUUAAAAUGGCAUUUAUUGACUGAUAAACAGCAAUUGUUUUCACAAGAAAUAAAGGAAAUAAUGUUCAGUGGAUGUAAAUACAUAUAUUAUUAUAUAGAUAAAAUUUAAAUGAUAUGAAACACUGGAUAUUGUAUUUCAUGUGUGUACUGUAUUUUCUUGUGAUGUGAGAAACAAUCAAAAUUUACUA